AUGGUGCGCUCGUAUUUGAAUGUUAGUCGAUUCUGGAACUCAUAUGCCAUGCCUUUGGACACCAUAUAUCUGACCCGACAUGGGCACCGGCUCAACUGGACCAUCGAUUUCAGUACGGGAACCUACAAGUCCCAGUUCCCCACGCCGUCAGGGAAUCCAGCAGACCCGGCUUUGACUUCGCAUGGUGUCCGUCAAUCGCAUGAGCUCGCAUCGCACAUCGCCAGCCCCCAGUUCCAUCCGAAGCCAUUCCGGGUCUAUUCGAGUCCUUUCUAUCGCUGCCUGCAAACGAUUCAGCCCACGGUCGAAGAGCUGAAGAGGAUCCAUGAGUCUGGAGAGAGCCAGAACGGGGCUUGUGGCCUUGGUUUGAUUGAUCGACAUGCGAAGCUAGAUGUGCAGAUUGAGAAUGGACUAGGAGAAUGGUUCGGUGCAACGGACUUCUUCGACCACCCCUCGCACCCGACAACAGAGGAGAUGUCAAUACACUUCCCAACACUGCUCCCACCAGCCAGUGUGCACCAGAAGCCUCUGUUGAUUCCCUCCACACGUGGCGAGACAAUAACUCAGCUUCACAACCGUGUGGCAACAACUUUGGCAGGUAUUAUUGCCGACAUUGAUGCGCAGGUCUCUGCGCUGGAGGCGAACUUACCCGUAGAACAAAGAAAAAGCAAGUCCGUUUUGAUCUGCGCACAUGCAGCUCCGCUAAUCGCAAUGGGCCGGGCGUUGACGGGCCGCAUGCCACAUGAUAGCUCAGAGGAAGAUUUCAACGUGUUCACUGCUGGUAUGAGCACUUUCAAGCGCAGGAAUUUUUCCCUCGACGGCGCGGAAAGCAAUGAUCACAAUGGAAAACAGGAGAGUCUACUGGCUAAGGGAACCCGGUUCAUUCGUGCGUCGGAAUCUGUGCCGCAGUGGAGAGGGCGUGGUGUGGGAGGUGGAUGGGACUGUGUUGCAAAUGGCGAUUGUAGUUUCUUGAGCGGAGGCGCCGAGCGUGGAUGGCACUUUGAUGGCGAAGAGAAUUUCCAAUCGGGUCCUAUGGGUCCAUCGUCGGAAACAGCCGCGAGUACUACAGCCAGCACGAAGUUGUGA